CGUCUUCGUUUAUUUUUCAGUUUUGAUUUUACCCCGAAAUUACCCAUGAUUAAAUGAAAACAAUCUACAAAUUGGAUGACAGUACCUUAAAAAUGACGUACACUUAGCAAACACACAAUUUCUACAACAUAAUAAGCGCAAUAUAUUGUUCAACGCUGACCACAAGAAAGCUACGAAGUCAACAUGGCAGGUUUUGCAACGAACGAUUCUGCAAUGUUUGACCAAAUAAACAGUGCAUUGGUUGGAGAUCUUCCAUCUUUCGGGAUUGCCAAGGAAUCCAAGUUCCAACAGUUAAUGCAACGUAACUCCAACUCCAACCCCAACCCCAACAGAACUAUGGAUGACAUGAACACGUACGAUACUUCAUUGUCUGUGGAGGCGACUGCUUUCCAACCAACAUCAGCAUCGGGAAUGAACUCGUUUUCCAACAUAAUCAACUCAUUUGAAUCGUUGGAUGUGUCAGCUUCUCAAAGAAGUGAUAAUUGGAAUGCAUUAGGAAGCGUAAACCCAGCUGCACGGGAGUUCGUCCCGCGUAACAUGUCGGCUCCAAACCUCAACCAUGUACAACAGAACGGUGGCUUUAAUAUUCCAGAGUUCCUACCUAACCGAACCACAGCGAGGAUCAACACACAGAAUGGAUUGCAACAGCCACAGCAAUCUCCAUACACCCCCCAACCUCCAAACAACCCAUACACACAACUACCCAGCAUACCAGGAGCUCAUGGUGAUGUAGCACCUCGUAUGGGAGGUCCUCAUACUUCAUCGUCAUCAAUGGUGGAAUAUUUACCUGGCACCCAUAUGCCCUCCCCUGUACCAAGCCAUGACCCUCGUUUAUCCGUCUCAUCUUCUGUCUUCACCUCACCACAGAACAAUUCAUCUACUUACUACACAGGGGAUAGUAGCACUCCACUUACUGCAAGCUCAAUGGGAGGGUUCUCGACGCCUGGUACUUCGUCCCCGUUCCCGCGGCAACCGAUGGAGUCGUUAGCAACCAGCCAUGCUACGCCUGAGCGCACAUCUCCACUACUAACAAGAAGAUUGGCCAAUCACAGGUCCUCGCCAGCUAUGGGUGCAAACAUGAUAAUGGAUCUCCCCCCAACGGAAGACAUAGCCCCACCAAUGGCCCAGGAGAACGGGGGAACCACUUAUUUCUUCACACAGAAUACAACAAGGCCAAAUUUACCUGUGGUGAUGCCCCCGUUCCACGUCUUCCCCGGCACGCCACCCAACAUCGAGUACAUGUCACUUAAAGCCAACGCUCCCUCCUUUUUCAUGGCUAAUGAAUUGAGACAAGCCAUCUUACAGAAGCACGCGCUCACCAUGCUAACUGUGGACACAGAGCAAGACCCAAGUGUUCCAGCGGAAGUCGACAACUAUCAUAGUUUGUUUCCAUUAGAAGCCACCCCUGAGAAUCCACUACAGAAGUCAAGCACUUAUGGUUUUGUAACUUCAUGUUAUAAAGCUAUCAAGUACAAGGAUGGUUUGCCCUAUUGUUUAAGGAGGAUUCACGGCUUUCGGCAAGUAAACGAGAAGUGCAUGGUUCUUGUUGAAAUGUGGAAGAAACUACAACAUGCUAACGUUGUUCAACUGAGGGAGGUGGUUACUUCCAAAGCAUUCGGUGAACAUUCUUUAAUCUUCGCGCACGAUUACCACGCCGGUGCAGAAACAAUGAUGUCACGACAUUUCCAAAACCCCAACAAUAAUUAUGCAUCGAAGAAAUGGAAUGGUGGAACUGCAAGACAGAAUGCAGGCCUUCUCCCCGAAAGUUUAAUAUGGACGUACAUAGUUCAGCUAACCUCUGCGUUACGUUGCAUACACACAGCUGGUCUCGCUUGUAGAGUGGUGGACCCUACCAAGAUCAUUAUCACGGAUAAAUCAAGAGUUCGAAUAAAUGGAGUCGGAAUAUUUGAUGUACUUGGUUACGAUAACUCACAUUCCAAUCCACGCGCUCAUAUGCAACAAUAUCAACAGGAGGACAUGGUGGCUCUCGGAAAGGUGGUUCUAGCAUUGGCUUGCAACUCAGUGAGUUCGAUACAAAGAGACAACUUUCCUAAAUCUAUUGAACUUGUUGUGAUGAAUUAUUCCAAUGAUUUAAAGAAUCUUAUUAUGUACCUCCUCACUCCACAACAACGCCCACAUAAUGUAAACGACAUAAUGCCAAUGAUUGGUGCGAGGUUUUACACCCAGCUUGAUGCUGCGUUGUUGAGAUGCGACGUUAUUGAGAAUGAAAUGGCCAAGGAGGUGGAAAACGGUCGUUUGUUCCGGAUGUUGUCGAAGCUCGGCGUGAUCAACGAGCGACCAGAGUUUGGGAUGGAGGCGACUUGGUCAGAGACGGGGGAUCGUUAUCUUCUUAAACUCUUCCGUGAUCAUCUUUUCCAUCAAGUCACUGAGACGGGGGCUCCAUGGGUUGAUAUGGCGCAUAUUGUGCAGUGUUUGAAUAGCUUGACGCUGGAGUUCCGGAGAAACUUUGCCUCAUGUCCCGUGACGAGCAGAACGUGCUCGUUGUCUCGUACGCAGAGCUCAAAAAAGCUUUCGAAAAAUGUUUUCAGGAACUUACAAACGCCAGCGUUGCGUAGCCUCUCGUGCCUUGACUUGGGCAUGUACCUUAAUGGUUAAGGUGGCUAUGAUGUUACUAGGUCUGUAAGGUUUUAAUACAGGGCUAGCUCCCCCCGAGUUUGGUAUAAAAGAGAAUUGUUUUACCUUUUUACAUUUCAUUAUAAUACCAGGAAAG